AUGGACGUCUCCCAGUCGAAGAUCGAGCUGACUCCGCUCGAAACUACACUACGGACCCUCUUGCUCGACGUCGCUGCUCAUAUCCAAAAGGAAGGAAUAAGUGAGGAGGGAAGCGAUGUCAAGAAACACCCCGAGACUGUUCUGCGCUUCACAGGUGGCUGGGUUCGAGACAAGCUCCUCGGUGUUAACAGCCAUGACAUUGACGUGGGAAUCAGCAGCAUGACUGGCUAUCAGUUUGGGAUAGCAUUGAAAGACUAUCUCGACCAGCCAGAAAAUCUCGAAAAAUAUAGACAGAGCCUCCCUGACAAGGAAGUGAGCGAUGCGAUUGUCAGUCUGCAUAAAAUUGACGCCAACCCGGAGAAGUCAAAGCACCUGGAGACCGUCACAACGAAGAUCUUUGGGCUGGACAUCGACUUGGUCAACCUGCGCAAGGAAACAUAUUCGGAAGACAGUCGCAAUCCACAAAUGGAGUUUGGGACAGCGGAGGAGGACGCUCUACGCCGCGACGCCACUAUCAACGCGCUCUUCUACAAUCUCAACGAGGCGAAAUUGGAGGAUUUGACAAAACGCGGCCUUGACGACAUGAAGCAGCAAAUCAUUCGCACGCCGCUUGAGCCCUAUCAGACAUUCAAGGAUGAUCCUCUUCGUGUUCUGCGACUCAUUCGAUUCGCAAGCAGGCUCGGGUAUACAAUUGAAAAGGAAACAGAAGCGGCCAUGCAGAACGAGGACAUUAGCGCUGCACUUAAACUCAAAAUUAGCAAGGAGCGUGUUCUUGCUGAAUUGGAUAAGAUGCUUCAUGGCCCGGAUCCUCGUGGUGCAUUGCACAUCAUUGACCGACUCGGCCUGUAUCCCACAAUAUUUGCCAACCAUCAGGACGAUGUCUCAGUAGACACGUCUACAUGGCCCUUGGCGUACAACACCCUCGCACGAAUUUUCAAUCCCUCAGACACUGAAGAAUCUCUAAAACGCAUUCGGCGGAUACUCUUGGAAGAUCCAUCAACUCACUCGAGCGCUUGGAUGAUUGCUGCAUUCGCCCCAUGGACUUCCGUGCCCAGCCGUAGCCAAGGGAAGGAAAAGAGACCGCCACCCCUGCGUCCUGUUGAAGUGGGCAGAGAUAGCCUCAAAGCCGAUAACAAGACUCUAUUCAUUCUGCGGGAUGCGACGGCUCACUUUGAAGAUAUCAUUGCGUGCAAAAACUCGCUUCUGCAGGGCACUAUACAGGCCCCGGCUGCUGAAAUUCGGCAACAAAUUGGUCUGCGCAUCCGCUCCUGGGGCAAAGAAUGGAGGCUCUGUGUCUUAUUGGCCAUUCUACAAGAAGUGAUGCGAGGGCGCGAUCUCUCUCCAGUGGCCGAAGAAUACGACCGUUUCUUAGCAUAUGUUGUAGAAAAGGAUUUAGAGGCGGUCUGCGAAUUAAAACCGAUCGUCAACGGUUUAGAGAUUAUGCAGCAUUUGGGGGCCAAAAAAGGACCAUGGAUGAGCAAAGCCACUGGAUUUGUGGUCGAAUGGCAGCUUCUGCAUCCUGAGAUCACCGAUAAAGCCGUGGUGCUGGAGGAGAUCUCGAUGCGCCGCGCAGAGUUGGGAUUGUAG